AAAGGUAAGUCGUAGGCACCGCUAGCUCAAGAGGUGGGCCGCGAGUGUAACGGACAGGUGCGGCUUGUGCAUUCUGUAAUAUUUUUACACUUUUCUCACAAUAUCUGUAUGUCAGUGAAACGUGCCUGAAAUAAUUCCGCCUCUCUUAUAAUUUAAAUUAUUCAAAACGCGGAGGAAAACUUAAACGGGUACGGUGUUACAAGUGCCCGUGUAGCCGACGAACAUGACUUAGGAUUAUGUUUAAUAUACAAUUCAAAGUGCACUGAAUGGCUGUCACCGUUUUGAAGACGUGCAUUCUGCUCCUGGGGUUUGUUCACGUGACCGUGGCUAAAGCAGGACCAUGCGAGGUAGAAAACGGUCAAUCAAAUAUAAUUGUAGAUAUAGAAGAAAGUAGAGGGACAUCCGUAAGCCAAGAGACAAACCCGCCAGAGUUACCAAUAGGAGGUGAACCCAACGUAGACGUUUUUCUAGAUUUAGUUUUUCCAAAGGGGGCGCCGAUCUUUUUUCUUAACGGAAAAAAGCUGCAAUUACUGUCACCAUUAGAUAGGGAUGAAGAUAGUUUAUCUCAUAUAGUCUUUCAGUUAUCAUGUACAGUAAAGUUGACGCGUAAGAAGAAAACCAUUCCUGUGAUUGUAAGACUGACUGAUAUUAACGAUAAUGCACCUGAAUUUAUAAAUACACCUUACGAAGUUAGUAUAUCUGAAUUGACACCAAUUGGAACGACGAUUUACCAUCAUGUCUUGGCCAAAGAUAAAGAUAUCGGAGUUAACGGUCUCGUCGAGUACAAGAUAGUCGAGGGAAACUCGACGGGAGUUGGCUACGAGCAAGGUAUUGGAAGGGCGAGGGUGACGAGUGCUGAUGGUUACGGAUUCUUCGCGAUCAACCUGCCCCAUCAAGGACAGAUAACUGUCAAUAGAACGCUUGAUUACGAAAAGACCCAGCGGUACUACGUCACCAUUGUUGCGUCCGACCGAGCAAAGAAUGUCGAAGAACGACUGUCAUCAACUACAACGCUUACGGUGAAUAUUAAAGACGACGAUGACCAGAACCCUGCGUUUAUUUAUCAAGGUUGUAUGUUACUCGACGGCGCUUGCAUCAAUCCUGAAUAUUCUGCUUCGGUAUCAAGCGGCAUACUCCACGGAGUACUUGCAAUAUACCCCGAAAGGAUUCAAGCGGUAGACAUGGAUACGAUCAACUCCCCUAUUGAAUACAGCUUUGCAAGCGGCACCCCACUGUCUUACUCUGAGUAUUUCAAAAUCAAUUCAGAAACGGGAGCUAUACACCAAAUUAAGGCAGUAGACACCUCCACCACCAAAAUGUUUACAAUCAUCAUCAAGGCACAAGAAAAAUCAGAAGCAAAGCGCUCAACUACCGCCAAACUGCUUAUAACGGUUAAACCUGUGGACGCGAAUCCACCCGAAAUCUUCGUGUCAUCAGCCGAAGGUUUCGUGGAUGAAAAUUCUCCAGUGGGAACCGUAGUCGUGGAUUCCGAAGGAAAACCGUUGGAAUUCACAGUGGUAGACAAAGAUUUUGGUCCUAACGACAUAAAACCCGAGUAUGUGUACGAACUUACGACGCCAUUCUUUGACAUCGACUCCCAAGGCCACCUUAUCGUGAACGAUAAUAAUCUCGACCGUGAUCCGCCAAAUCCUGGUCGAUUUCGAUUUCAAGUCGUCGCACGCGAGAAAAAAGGAAAGGCCGCCAGUCCGCCCAUAUCCCUAACGAUUCACUUGAAUGACGUUAACGAUAAUCCACCUGUACUGCCCAUGGUACCACCAGUCACGGUACCUGCAGGUGACACUAGACGCCCGAUUAUAACGGUUACCGCAACAGAUAACGACGUGGGGGAAAACGCGCUUGUAACAUACUCAAUUUACCACGUUUCGAACAAUGGCAAUAAUAAAUUUAUUAUAAACUCGAAGACUGGACUCCUCGAGACUGUUGGAAAGUUGCACGCUGGUGAACAGUACAGUUUGACUGUGAAAGCGACUGACAGAGGAGGGUUGAAUAGCCAAGUUAUUGUUGAGGUAACAGUGAGUCCGGGUCCCAAUACAAAAAGUCCGGUUUUCGAACAGGCGGUGUACGACAUAGAGGUGAGCGAAGGGGCGACUAUUAACUCCACGGUCGCUACUAUUGUGGCAGUUGACCCAGAAAACGACCCAGUUUCUUAUAGUAUUGUCUCCGGUAACGACUUAAGACAGUUUGCGAUCGGCGCGACCUCGGGCGUACUGACAGUGAUUCGGAAGUUAGACAGGGAAGACUUAACCCGCUAUCAAUUGGUAAUCAAAGCGGAAGACAAUGGGAAAUUGUCCAGCACUGUUAUAGUUAACAUUAAAAUCACUGACGUCAACGACAAGAAUCCUGAGUUUAUCGGAGAUCCCUACACCUUCUCUGUCAAAGAAGGUAUUAGCAAAACUACCGUUGGGUUCGUGCACGCUACGGAUGCAGAUGAAGGGGUAAACGCCGUCAUCAGUUAUUCAAUUCCCAGCGGUCUUCCUUUUAAUGUCGACCGUGAAACAGGGGAGGUAACCACGACUCAAGCCUUAGAUUACGAAGAACAGCAGAGUUACCAAUUCGUGAUCACCGCAAAAGAUGGUGCUCCCGAUCCGAGAAUUGCCACCGCUACAGUGUCAAUUGCAGUAAUCGAUAUUGAAGAUGAAGUUCCUAUAUUUCGUCAGUCCGUUUACGAGGCAUCGGUACCCGAAAACAUACCCGACUACUUUGUGACUGCAGUCAUGGCACAAGAUCCGGACACCAUCAAGAAAAUCACUUACGUCAUUCAACAAGGCCCGACCGAUCUCUUUAGAAUUGAUGAAACUACGGGAUCUGUUUACACGACAAGGGGUUUGGAUUACGAGCGGGAGAAUGAGCAUGUUUUAGUAAUAGGAACCCUAGAAAAUAUGUCAAAUGAAAAAGGAAGUACCACAAAGGUGAUGGUUCAUGUGGAGGAUCGCAACGAUAUUCCACCAGUGUUCACCAUAAUUCCGCACCCCAUAACUUUGGACGACGACGUUUCGAUCGGUACCUCCGUUACGAAUCUCAUCGCAACAGACUCCGACGGUACCGCGCCGGGUAACAAAGUCCGAUACGAGGUGAUUGGAAGAGGCAAGGCAACUAAUUACUUCCAGAUCGAUCCUGAUUCGGGCAUUUUAAAGGUCAUUAAUGAUUUUCGGAAAGAAAUUGACACAGAGUACCAGAUCGAUGUGCGCGCCUACGAUUUGGGUGACCCUCAGCUGUCUUCAGUAAUAACCGUGGAAGUCUAUAUACAGCAUGUUGCAACAGUAGCGCCUGAGGUAGGAUUACGCUUCGCCGACAAUGCCUACAGUGUACAGGUUUUCGAAAACGCAACCGACGGAGAUUUGAUCAAGACGUUGACGAUUGUCAACAGUCGGGCGCACGGCACUAAUAUUCCUCUGAAGUGUCACAUCAUUUCUGGAAACACGCAAGGGAAAUUUAAGGUGAACAUAACGGAGGAACGAAACUGCGCUUUGCACCUGAAUGGAAGCUUAGAUUACGAAAAUGAGGAGUCGUACCAAUUAGAAGUCCAACUGAUCUUACAAGGCUUUAUUAAUCGCGACUUUAGCACAACGCAAGUUACAAUUAACGUGGCCGAUAUCAACGAUAACGCACCUUUCUUUAUUCUCUCGGAAAAUUACGGUGGAAAGUACUAUGCAGCAAUACCCGACAAUGCUCCAGUAUCAACCACCGUAACUCAAACCAAGGCGGACGAUAAAGACAGCGGUAAAUUUGGCAAACUGAAGUAUUCCCUCUCUGGCAACUACAGUAGGGAGUACUUUGCGAUUGAUCCAGGUACAGGAAUAAUAAAAACGAAACGUAGCUUAAGUGCGUUAAACGACGAUCUCCCAUUACGAUUGACAGUUACGGCAAGAGAUAAUCCAAACGCCAAAACUGACUUCAACUCGGUUGACAUGGAGCUGAUUGUAAACCUUAUUUCGGAAAUAAACCGAAUGAUUCUGGUAAUAGGGGAUGCGAAACCGGACGUCGUUGCCAUCAAGACCGAUACAAUUAUACACGCCAUUCAAGACCAAACUGGCCUAAUAGUAGGAGUAGAGAGACUAAAUACACGGGAAUACAUCGGAGAGAAUGGUACCUUGGAGGUUGACCCCCAUGGAACCGAUAUUUGGUUUUAUGUCAUCGACCCAAGCACCGAUUCCAUUCUUCCCGUCAAUGACUCGAUUGUUGAACGGGUAAUUUUUGACAAGGCGUCAAUGGACAACAUCACGUUUUAUGUGACCGGCCAAAUAAAACACACCGCCUUCAACAUUCACACCCCCAUUGUAUUAAUAAAGCCAAAAUCGACAGCCAUAGCCGCUUUUAACGGAGAAGUUUUCCCCUAUGCUCUCAUCAUUAUAGCCUGUAUUAUAUUUAUAUUUGGAACGAUCGGUAUCAUCUACAUCUGUGUCUCGUGGUCCAGAUACAAAUCUUUCAAGGACCAAAUGCAACGGUCGUAUGUUACCCCCUCAAGCCCAACGCGCUACGACACGGUGUACGUAGAGCCCAACCUGAAGGAGUACGAAACGCAGGUACUACAAAUGUGCGUACCGGUGGACGACCAAGACGAAUACAACGACUUACAUUUAGACUUUAGCAAUAAAAACCAUGCGUUUAGUUUAGACAACGUUAGUUACAUAUCAAAGGAUAAUAAUUUAAAGAAAUACAAUCAACGAAGCCCUGUCAGUAGCGAGUCCGAGACAACAGUCAGAGCAUCGAGCGUCGGUGAUCACAAUUUAUUACAAUCAAAACUAGAUCGUGAUCGCAUGUAUCAUCGAUCAUCAGACGACGAUGAAAUGAGUACAAGUCCAACAAACGACAAUGUGAUGUUUAGAGAGAAAAAAGACUACUCUCAUCUAGGUUUCUCAUACAGUGAUCAUUCGCCCAUCGAAACAACGACGGAAUUGUAGAUAUUUAUACAUACUGUAAAGAAAUUUAGCAAACUAAGCAGGUUUUAGGUAUAUUAUUAUGAAAAUUUGAAGCCAUCUUUGUAUUUUUGUUUUUAAAUAAAUAUUUAUGUUUAGUUUUCUA